CCUGGAUAUGAAUGACACACAAGCAAGCAAACCAAUGGAAAUCAUGGCCAAACAGUUGUUAUAAAAGGAACGGAGUUAGCUGGCUUGAACUCGGCAAACUUAGACUGAAUAGUGAUAUAAACAAACAUGCUAAGGAUUCUGGGGAAGAGAGUGCUUUCAGUCUCAAGUGAAUUGAAUUCCAAUUCAUGGGUUGUGAAGCCAAGAAGAAGGGACUUUUGUUUGGGAGUACUUCCGGAUGGGGUCGACCGAAAAUCAGAGUCUUUUGCUCGAAAUUCCCAGAUCAUGGGAGGCCUCAUUUCCCAACUCCAAUCGCACAUCAACAAGGUUCUGGGUGGAGGAGGAGAAGAGGCUGUGAAGAGGAACAGGAGCAGGAAUAAGCUUCUACCCAGAGAAAGAAUCGACCGGCUUAUUGAUCCUGGUUCUUCUUUUCUUGAGCUCUCCCAGCUUGCAGGACAUGAACUGUAUGAAGAAUCCUUGCCAUCAGCUGGAAUAAUUACUGGCAUAGGUUCAGUUCACGGGAGGUUAUGUAUGUUUGUGGCAAAUGAUCCUACUGUCAAGGGAGGAACGUAUUAUCCUAUCACUGUGAAGAAACAUCUUAGGGCACAGGAGAUUGCUGCUCAAUGCAGAUUACCAUGUAUUUAUCUUGUAGAUAGUGGAGGUGCUUUCCUUCCAAAGCAAGCUGAGGUGUUUCCAGACAAGGACAAUUUUGGGAGAAUCUUCUAUAAUCAAGCAAUAAUGUCUUCUGAAGGAAUCCCCCAAAUUGCACUAGUAUUAGGUUCCUGCACUGCUGGAGGAGCCUAUAUUCCUGCAAUGGCUGAUGAAAGUGUAAUGGUGAAAGGAAAUGGUACCAUAUUUCUAGCUGGACCCCCCUUAGUGAAGGCUGCCACAGGUGAGGAAGUCUCCGCAGAGGAUCUGGGGGGUGCUACAGUGCACUGCAAAACAUCAGGGGUUUCAGAUUACUUUGCUCAAGAUGAACUACAUGGACUUGCUCUUGGAAGGAACAUCAUCAAGAACUUGCAUAUGGCUGGGAAACAAGGGAUGAUGGGUGGGUCACAAGGCAUGAACUUCGAAUUUAAGGAGCCAUUAUAUGAUGUAAAAGAGCUGCUUUCGAUUGCACCAGCAGACCACAAACAGCAUUUUGAUGUUCGAUCAGUUAUUGCUCGAAUUGUUGAUGGAAGUGAAUUUGAUGAAUUCAAGAAGUUGUAUGGCACUACUCUUGUGACAGGUUUUGCUAGAGUUUUUGGCCAACCUGUGGGAAUCCUUGGAAAUAAUGGGAUAUUAUUUAAUGAAUCUGCUUUAAAAGGUGCCCAUUUCAUUGAAAUAUGCGCUCAACGUAAAAUUCCUCUGGUCUUCCUUCAAAACAUCACUGGUUUUAUGGUUGGAUCAAGAUCUGAGGCAAAUGGUAUAGCAAAAUCAGGAGCAAAAAUGGUGAUGGCAGUUUCGUGUGCGAAGGUACCGAAAAUCACUAUCAUUAUUGGUGGAAGCUUUGGUGCUGGAAAUUAUGCAAUGUGCGGUCGUGCAUACAGUCCCAACUUCAUGUUCCUUUGGCCAAAUGCCAGAAUAUCUGUGAUGGGUGGAGCUCAGGCUGCUGGUGUUCUAUCCCAAAUAGAAAAAGCCAACAAGAAAAAGCAAGGAAUUCAGUGGACGAAGGAAGAGGAGGAAAUGUUCAAGGAAAAAGUCGUGGGUGCAUAUGAAAGAGAAGGAAGCCCAUAUUACUCGACAGCGAGGCUUUGGGAUGACGGAAUUAUCGAUCCGACAGACACAAGAAAGAUCAUAGGUCUCUGCAUUUCUGCUGCUUCCAUGAACCGCCCAGUAGAAGAUACUAAAUUUGGUGUAUUUAGAAUGUAAUUUAAUGACUCUCUCUCUCUAGUGACAGCAUUUUUACCCAAAAACAUUAGCCUGCUCUCCUCGAUAAUAAAUGUAUUUUCUUGAUAUGUGAUCA